GGGGGGUUUGUUCGACGACGGAUCGUGAAACACAAAGGGAUAUCCAAACACAGAGCAGAGGUGCCAGCCUCUUGUAUGAAGAGUACCUAGUUAGGCGCUGACGUUUGCCGGCCCUCGUCAACAAAGGGCAAAUGAAAGGCAGGGAGAAAGAGAGCAACAGAGAGAUGCACUGGGCCAGCCCGAUUACAGGUCUCUUGAGAUAACUCGCACGGCGAAAAUGGAAACGAAACGAAAGGAGGUAAAAGAAGAGGAAGGAGAAGAAGAAAAAAACAAGAGGCCAGUCGCGAUGAAGAGGGGACCAAGGAGGAGGAGGGAGGGGAAGAGGAAGAAGGAUGAGGUGGAGGAUGAGGUAGGACUUGCUUUUUUACAGCAGUGAUGAGGUACAGGUCAAGUAUGGAAAAGGCAGUCGAGUCGGUAAGCGGUAAUAAUAAUAAUGCCAAUCGAUAAAAUAAUAAUCUAACAAUAAAUAAUAAAAUUGGGAAAAAGAAUAAUAAUAAUUUUAAACGACCAGCCAGUGUCAAGGACGGGACUUCGGACUUGAGACUUGGGAGAGGAAUUCAGGGAGCGCCGCCGACCGAGACCCGCGGAUCGAGUCGCCCACCUCAGGUGGAAAGCCGCCCUUCUGGAGUCUCUCCUGGGCGGCUUUACUCAGUUAGUUGGUUGGGCUCCGGGAAACGCGCACGGCGAAAAAGUAGGGCUUUCGACUGGAAAAAAAAAAAGCGG